AUGAUUACAAGCCUCUCAUCAGUCUCUUCUUCCCAAUCCCUCCUGAGAUUCAUCAAUCCAAAGGCCCCCGUUUCAGAUUUUCCCUUAAAGUUGAGAACCCAUUUCUCCAAACCACUGUCAGCUGCCACAUGUUCGACGUUUUGCCCCAACGGGCUGUUUCUCGCCGGGAGAAUCGGAUUCAGACAAGGCCGGCCGAGAAAGUUCAAAACUUGGGCACUCGCGGGGUUCGAUACCGGCGGGCUCGAGAGCGCCCAGUCAGUUAUUGAGGCAGCCGCGGUUCUGACCGCCAUUAUCAUCGUCCACGAAAGCGGCCAUUUUCUUGCUGCUUAUCUGCAGGGCAUCCAUGUGAGUAAAUUUGCUAUCGGGUUCGGCCCGAUCUUAGCUAAGUUCAAUUCGAACAACGUGGAGUACUCGAUUAGAGCUUUUCCCUUAGGCGGCUUCGUGGGGUUUCCCGAUAAUGACCCGGAUAGUGACAUUCCGGUCGACGAUGAGAAUUUGUUGAAAAAUAGGCCCAUUUUUGAUAGGGUGCUUGUGGUAUCUGCCGGUGUAGUUGCUAAUGUCGUGUUUGCUUACAUCAUAAUAUUCCUGCAAGUCUUAUUUGUCGGGCUGCCUGUUCAAGAAUCAUUCCCGGGCGUGCUGGUGCCGGAUGUCAGGCCCUUUUCGGCCGCCUCUCGGGACGGCGUAUUGCCCGGUGACAUCAUUUUAGGAGUUAACGAAACCGAGCUUUCGAAAACGGGCCCGAGUUUAGUCAAAGAGGUGGUUGAGGUUAUUCGAACAAGCCCCAAGAAAAAAGUUGUGUUUAACAUUAGCAGGGGAGAACAGAAUGUGAAAAUAAACGUCACGCCGGAUGAGAAUACAGAUGGUACAGGUAAAAUCGGAGUCCAAUUGUCUCCGAACGUGAAAUUCUCAAAAAUCAAACCACAAAACAUACUCGAGGUUUUCCGCUUCUCGGGCCGCGAGUUCUGGGGUCUAACGAAAGACGUUCUCAACAGUCUAAAGCAGAUGUUCGUGAAUUUCUCCCAGUCAGCCAGUAAGGUCUCGGGCCCGGUCGCCAUCAUAGCAGUCGGUGCUGAGGUGGCGAAGUCGAAUGCUGAUGGGCUUUACCAAUUUGCCGCGGUUUUGAAUCUUAAUCUUGCUGUGAUUAAUAUACUUCCUCUGCCGGCUCUUGAUGGCUGCUCGUUGGCUUUUAUCCUAGUGGAGGCAGUUAGGGGUGGGAAGAAACUUCCGUUUGAGCUGGAGCAGCGUAUAAUGUCAUCUGGGUUCAUGCUCGUUUCCUUUCUCGGGAUGUAUCUUCUAGUUAGUGAUACGCUAAAUUUGGAUUUCUUCAAGGAUUUAUUAUGA